AUGGCAAGUAAUAGGAAUAGAAAUGUACGAAAAAGUAGAAAAUUAGUUAUUGUUGGAGAUGGUAUGUGUGGUAAAACAUGUCUUUUGCUUGCAUUUAAAGAUGAUCGAUUUAUUCCAACUCAUGAUGCUACUAUUUUCGAUACAUAUGUUGCUGAUAUUCAAGUCGAUGGAAAAACUAUUGAUUUAGCUCUCUUUGAUACAGCUGGUCAAGAAGAUUUUGAUCGUCUUCGUCCACUUUCAUAUCCUGACACGAGUGUUGUAUUAAUAUGUUUUAGUGCCGAUAGUCCUGUAUCAGCAACAAGUGUCAUUGAAAAAUGGAUUCCUGAAGUACGACAUUUUUGUGGACAAUGCCCGGUGAUAUUAGUAGCAUGUAAAAAAGAUUUAAGAAGAGAUCCUCAAACAAUUGCAAAAUUAAAACAAGAUGGUGAAAGACCAGUAACAACAGAUGUUGGUAGACAGAUAGCUAUGCAAAUCAAAGCUGAUGCUUAUAUGGAAUGUUCAGCUAAAACUCGUGAAGGUGUACAAGAAUUAUUUGUACAUGCUGCUCAUUUAUCACUUAAACGUCGACAUAAAAAACGUCGCGGGUGUAAUAUACAUUAA